GUGCUCACCGGUGUCGCGGCGGCCCGCUGGGCGGCAGACAACCUGGUGAGACGGCUUGGCAGGGAGCUGCGGGAGGCGAAGGAAGUCAUCGCCAGCCUCCAGGCGCAGCUGGAGUGCGGAUCGCGCGGCGACGCCGCGGAGGCGGAGGCCCUCCGCCGUGAAGGCAUCGCGCGGCCCGCCUUGGUUGCGCGCGUCCGCGGACGCCGCGAAACCAGGGCGCAGCGGCAGCGGCGGAACGUCGCGUGGCAUGCCGAGCGCUGCCCGUCGGCAGACGCCCCGCCGCAGGAAUGGCGCAGGGCUCAACGCGGGCCGCGCCUCCCAGGAGGGCCCCUUCCUGGAGAUGGGCGCGGCGGUGCGGCGCGGAGUGCCAUCGUGUGUGAGGUGGAGACCUGCGUCUGCGAAGCGCAGCAGCCGAUUGUGUGCGCUGUGGAUGCCUGCGUGGCCGAGGCGCCAGCGCGGCUGCCCAGCGCCCGAGUGGCGGCCGCGAGGACCCCGCUGCGGUCUGGCGCCCAGCCGUACCUCCCCGCGGAGGUGAUCAUCGCGGAGUACGGCUGCGAGCCCGAGGAGGAUCGCGCUGCUGCGGCGCGUUGUUCGGCGUGGCGGCCGUGGCGGAGCGAGGACGGCCUCGAGGGGGACUCGGAGUUCGAGGGGGAUUCGGAGUUCGAGGAUCUCGGGUCCGAGCACGGGCAGUUCCUGCGUGACGAGUUCUCGGACGGCAGCGAGCUGGCCGCGGAGUACGAGCUGGCGCGCGCUGCCUGGCUGGAGCGCUCGGGCUCCAGGCGCGGUGGUGAGAGCGAGCCCGAGGAGGAGCACGGCACGCUGGCGCUCGCGGCCGACUGCUCCGAGGUAGGCCCCGAGGAGCUGCACGAGUCCGAGGGGAGCAACGUGGUGCCCGUGCCGUGUGGGCUGCACGGCGACAGGCGUGCCAGCGAGCCGAGCGGGGCUGAUCCUGUCGGGCUGAGGCAGGAGUGUGAGAGGAGCAAGCGGGUAUCCUUCGCUCCGUGGCCCGACGUCGUCGACUUGGAGGUGGGGGCCCUGGGAGGCACGCUCGGGGUGGCAGGGGUCCUUCGGCAUUACCCUGUCCCGCAGUGGGCAGACCCAGCGUGGACGAGCAAAGCGAAUGCCGUCGACCUGAUGCACCUCUGCGAGUGCGAGAAGUUCGGCAUCUCCGCGAGCAAACCGAGCGGCGUCGCGCCGCUUGACGGCGGCUCGAAGCACCGCGCGAAGGAGACGCCGCGGCCGCCGCCCGUGGCCGUCGUGGGGGUACCCGUGGGUGGCUCGGCCAUCGAGCGCGCCGUCGGCAUGGAGCCGCCCCUGUUCGCGGACAGCGUCGACUGCGCCGCGGGCGAUGGCCACUCGAGCUCGGAGGGCGUGGUCGUUUCAUUCCUGGACGGCUUCUCGGUGGCGGCGGUGGCGUGUGUGGCCAAGGGGCCGAAGUCGGGAGUUGAGUCUCUCCUGGACUUGGCCGAGGCCCGCGCCCUCGGCGUCUGCCUCGGAAGUGCAGGUUGUCCAGAUGCCGAG